GCUGGACACAACAACCACGCCGUCUCGGUAAGCUGGGGUGCAUAAGCCGCAAGUCUCCCACCAGAGACGUGAGGCCCAUCGCUGGGAUCGUUAAUAUAGGGGGCUUCGGGCUCUUUUUCUCUCAGUGCGCCUGUUGACAGAUAUUGAGCUCUACUGCGAGUGCUGGCAGAGGCAGCUUUGGUUGCUGCUCGAUCGGUCCUUCCAUCCUCACGCACCGGGUGGAGGCACCUUCCCUUUUCCGUCUGCUGGACUGUUGGGGUGCAAGCUUUGACGACGCAGGAACAGCAGAAUCUGCGUUCUAUUCAUCAUGCCAUCCAACGAGCAAACUCCCCUUCUCUGGGGAUACGCCGACACCGCAGACUCGUUCAGUCCCAGUCUGCACUCCCAGUUCUGUAUGCUUGUCGGCUGUCCUUCAUCCUCCCCAGAUAUAAAACCAAAAAACCCCAAGGUGCGCAUACCCGACUUCACGCCUCCUCCAAAAUCGCUCUAUGGGCGGGCCACCCGCCAACUGCGAGCCCAAAAACUCAAAUACUACAGCACCGCUGCCCUCUCCAACGCCUUGUUGCUAUCCCAGGUCAUUCUUGGUGCCGCCUUGACCGGCCUCGGUGCGAGCGAAAGCAGCCAUAUUCUAAUCACCGUCUUCGGCGCCAUGAACACCAUCAUCGCUGGCAUCGUUGCCUAUCUGAAGUCACAGGGUCAGCCCAUGCGUGCUCGCAUGUAUCGAGACGACUUGGACCGCGUUGUCGAUGAGAUCGAAAACUCCGAGGUCAUGUGGCUCGGCAUUGCCAAAAAUGUCCACGGCUACGACGAGAUUGACACGGACGACCAUCGUGUCACCGUUAGAAGCGAGGUCGCGAGGUUGACCCGUCUCUACGAUCGUGCUGUCAGGAACAAUACUCUCAACAACCCCGAUCUGUACCUGGCUGGUUCUAACGGAUUUGAUGGGUCAGGUGGACAGGCCUUACGAUCUCGUCCUGCUAACUCCCACCCCGUUGUUAUUGGCGGACCUGUUCCCAUUACUCUGCCUGUGGCCAGUGGCCCUUCGCCUGGUGCCGAUGCCCCCCAGGUCCCCGCCGCUGCAGGCGCUGUGCCUGUCCAGCCAGCACAUGACCCUGAUGAGAGCCCCGCCAGUGCACCACCCAAACCCAAGCCAAAGGACAAGGACGAGGAAGACGCCAAACCUGCCACUCCUGUUGAAACACCCCCUACAACUGACAAGGCCGAUCCUCGAGGAGAUGCGUCCAAUCCAACAGCGGAGUCUGAACAAUCGGGCACUGCUUCCGGCAAUGGAGAUAAGAAAGACACUCCGGACCCUCCUCCAAACGCCACUCCUCCGCACGACCCAGACGCCUCACCUGCAAGCGAUCCGAAUGUUCCUUUGAGAAAGACAGAGAGCAGGAAAUGACGUCAAGUGAAUUUCAGCAGACAGCCAAAGACUUUCAUAGAGGGGACGUGUCAAGAGAGUGACAUCUAACAGGAGAUACUGAGGAGGCCAGAAUUGGGAGCAUAAUAUUAAUAUGGAACGAUUAGCGAUUGAGACAGCAUUCGAACAGUGGCUACGCAGAUUUGAUGAGGUGAUGGAUAAGUUGGCCUCAAUUUGCUGUAAGAAGAGGAACCUAGUACAUAGAGCAUUGCACAUUGAGAGAGGGCAUGGAGGGGCCUGUUGAUAUCACGUGAUAUCACAUGCAGUCUCUCGAAGUCACGUGCUGCCCGGAGAAUGGUUUUCUCGCUGGAAAUGAUUACGACGUACUGCCGGAG